CGCCGUCAGCCAGCAUGGCGGCGCCCGGCUGAGCCGUGUGUGGUCACUUCGAGCUUUGGCUGGGCGGGGGUCUGGGCUCUAGGCUGGUAGUCAUUUUAUUUCACAAUGUUUGGGGACCUAUUUGAAGAGGAUUUUCCCAGUGAGUCUAAUGGUCAUUCAGACAAAGGGAAGACCUUAAAGACUAAAGCUUUGGAGCCACCUGCCCCUAGAGAAUUCACCAAGUUAAGUGGCAUCAGAAAUCAGGGUGGAACCUGCUACCUCAAUUCCCUUCUUCAGACUCUUCUUUUCACCCCUGAAUUCAGAGAAGCCUUGUUUUCUCUUGGUCCAGAAGAACUUGGGUCUUUAGAAGAUCGAGAUAACCCUGAUGCACAGGUUCGAAUCAUCCCUUUACAGCUACAGCGGCUGUUUGCUCAGCUUCUGCUCUUGGACCAGCAGGCUGCAUCCACGGAAGACCUCACUGACAGCUUUGGCUGGACAAGCAAUGAGGAAAUGCGGCAACAUGAUGUGCAGGAACUAAACCGAAUUCUCUUCAGUGCCUUGGAAACGUCUUUAGUUGGGACCUCGGGCCAUGACCUCAUUAAUCGCCUGUAUCACGGAAUCAUUGUCAACCAGAUCGUUUGUAAGGACUGCAAGAACAUCAGUGAAAAGCAGGAAGACUUCUUAGAUCUGACAGUAACGGUUAAAAACCUGUCCGGUUUGGAAGAUGCACUUUGGAACAUGUAUGUGGAAGAGGAAGUUUUUGACUGUGACAACUUAUACCACUGUGGGACUUGUGAUCGGCUGGUUCAAGCAGUGAAGUCGGCCAAAUUACGGAAACUGCCUCCCUUCCUGACUGUUUCAUUACUAAGAUUUAAUUUUGAUUUUGUAAAGUGUGAACGCUACAAGGAGACUAGCUGCUACACAUUCCCUCUCCGGAUUGAUCUCAAGCCUUUUUGUGAACAGAGUGAAUUGGAUGACUCUGAAUACAUGUAUGACCUCUUCUCCGUUAUUAUACACAAAGGUGGCUGCUAUGGAGGCCAUUACCAUGUAUAUAUUAAAGAUGUGGAUCAUUUGGGAAAGUGGCAUUUUCAAGAAAAAGAAAGUAAGGCAGAUGAAAAUGUGAAAGAUCUUCCAAAUGGAACUGAGAUUGAUGACCCACUGAGGAUUCUUCAAGCAAUCUUAUCACAGGAAGGUAAUCUAAUACCUCUUGAUCAGCUGGGCCAGAAGCUCUUAAAAACAACAGGUCUAUCCUGGAACAAGAAGUACAGAAAAGAGCAUGGACCACUGCAAAAGUUCCUACAGCUCCAUUCUGAGAUGUUUGUACUCAGUUCGGAUGAACAUAUGGUUAGUCUAUCCAAGAGUUGGUCUCGGCAGCCCAAGUCAGAUCACCGAAGGAAUGAACCACCGCCUCUCAAGACUUCAGAAUCUCCAGUACUAAAUGAUAGCACAUCCUGCCCUCACUGGUUUGAUAUAAAUGAUUCCAGAGUCCAGCCAAUCGAGGAAAAGGAUAUUGAACAGCAGUUCCAGGGCAAAGAAAGUGCCUAUAUGUUGUUUUAUCGAAAAUCCCAGUUGCAGAGACCCCCUGAAGCUCGAGCUAAUCCAAGAUACAAGGUUCCAUGUCAUUUGUUGAGUGAAAUGGAUGCUGCCAACAUCAAACUGCAAACAGAAAGAGCAGAAUGUGACUCUGCAAACAAUCACGUUGAACUGCAUCUCCAUCUGGGCCCACGGUAUCGUCUCUUCAAUGGGGCUCUGCACCCUGCAAUUUCUCAAACAGAAAGCAUGUGGAAUUUGACUUUUGAUAAAAGACAGACACUUGGAACUCUCCGACAAUCAGUAUUUCAGCUCUUGGAAUUUUGGGAAGGAGACAUGGUUCUUAGUGUGGCAAAGUUGCUACCAGCAGGCCUUCACAUUUACCAGAAGCUCGACGGAGAUGAACUGACUCUCUGUGAGAUGGAAAUUGCUGAUGGAGAAGACAUCUUUGUUUGGAAUGGGGUGGAGGUUGGUGGAGUCCCGGUUCAGACUGGUAUUGACUGUGAACCUCUGCUCUUAAAUAUUCUUCACCUCACAGCAAGCAGUGAAGGAGAAAUGCGCCAGCGGUUGGUAGAAUCUGCACACGUCUUUCCGUCGAAUGCCGAAAUGGGCACAGUCUUCGCCGCCUUGGCUCUCCCAGCGGGUGUCCUCUUCACUAGAGGUGCCGGGUCCACCAGCACUGAGGGCUGGACCGCUGUCCCCACAGAGCACCUGAGGAGGACCUUCAGAGAGCACGGCCUCACAAACGGAAGCUCGCUUUUAGUCCAGGAUCUGGAUGGCGGCCCUUACAGUUUGUUGACCAAACGAGGGGAGUGGAAUAUGGCUGCAGAGGAGACCAGCUGGCUCCAAGUUACAAAUUUAUGCCAGUUAGACUCUGAUGAGAAGCAAGUUCAAAUACCAGCAACUGCUGACACAGUGGUGCUUGAUAUUCGAAUUAAAGCCAUAGAGGAAUUAAAAUUAAUGAAGGAACUAGCGGAGAACACCUGUUUGAGACCUCUUGAUAGAAAUGGGAAGCUGCUUUCUCCAGUGCCAGACAGCUACACUCUGAAGGAAGCAGAGCUGAAGAUGGGAAGUUCUCUAGGACUGUGUCUGGGGAAAGCACCGAGCUCCACUCAGCUGUUGCUCUUUUUCACAACGGGGAGUGACUUUCAGCCUGGGACCGAGAUGGCCAUCACAGUGGAGGAGACAGCGUCUGUGAGAGAUUGUUUGAAGAUGAUGCUGGAGAAAUCUGGCCUGUCAGGGGACGCGUGGCAUUUGCGAAGAAUGGAUUGGUGUUUCGAGGCGGGGGAGGCAUUAUGUGACGAAGAUGCGACGCUGAAGGAGCUGAAGCUGUGUUCUGGAGACACUUUGGUUGUGGUGGAAGGGACGCUGCCUCCCCCGGGUUUCCUGAAGGUACCCAUCUGGUGGUACCAGUGUGAGGCCUCCUCAGGACACCACAUGAGUCCCCAGGACCAGAUGGACUGUCAAGAUGGCGCAUGGGAAGCUGCAUCCCCCCGAGGUGUUCCUGACCGCGUGCACGUGGACGCUGCCCUGCGCCUCUUGGGAGACGUGGAGAUCUCAGAAGAUGCCACCGUGCUGGAGCUCAAGUCCCAGGCCAUGAACUUGCCCUCUUUCUCAGAGCUGGGUGUCGCGUCCCCAGCUUUCCUCCGAGCCUGGACCGUGGAGAGCAGACGCCCAGGCAGGCUCUUGCGGAGCAGCCAGCAGCCGCUCAGGGAAUGCAGACUGGGAAGGAGGGCUGAGAUCUGCCUGGAGCCUCUUCAGAAAGAAGAGAACCUGGGCCCCCAGGAGCUGUUGCUCAGGACCCAGCUGCACCUCCCUGGCAAGAGGGCCUACUCCCCGGCCAGGGACAUGGUGUGGGACACCACCAGGGGCAGCACCUCGGCCUCCCUGCGUCAGACAGUCGCCGACUUCUACUCUCUUCCUGUGGACAAAAUCGAGAUCGCCAAACACCUUCCUGAGAAGUUUGAGUGGAUUCCUGUCUCCAGCUGGAACCAGCAAAUUGCUAAGCGGAAGAAGAAGAAACGACAGGAUAAUUUGCAAGGAGCCCCUUAUUACCUGAAAGAUGGCGACACUAUUGGUGUUAAGAAUCUGCUGGUUGAAGAUGACGAAGACUUCAGCACAGUCAGAGACGACAUCGGAAAAGCCAGGCAGAGGCAGCUUGCCCAGGGGAAGAAGAGCCAAGAAGUCCAGCAUGCCCAGAGCAGCGACCUGUUCUCGGAGAGCCCAGCCAGGCCUCGGGGACCAGAAGCCUCUCUCUCCAUCCACGUGGGGAGCUUCAGAUAG